AUGGACCUCCCCCCCGAUCCGACGCCGGAUGGCACGUCCCCCCGGACUUUUGCCCUCGGCCAUCUGCGGCCCAAACACAGCUUCACCGGGUGCUCGCGCAUCUCCGACUACGAACUGCAAGGAAAGCUGGGAGAAGGAACGUUUGGGGAGGUUCACAAAGCCCGCUCGAAAAAGACGGGUGCUCUCGUUGCCCUCAAGAAGAUCAUCAUGCAUCACGAAAAAGAUGGCUUCCCCAUUACAGCACUGCGAGAGAUUAAGCUGCUCAAGUUGCUGUCGCAUAAGAAUAUACUCAGCCUCGAGGAUAUAGCUGUCGAGCAUCCAUCGCGACCGACCGACAAGCGCAAGAAACCAAUCAUGUACAUGGUUACGCCCUACAUGGACCACGAUCUCUCUGGUCUCCUCGACAACCCCUCGGUUCACUUCAAAGAAGCUCAGAUCAAGUGCUACCUCAAGCAGCUGUUGGAGGGCCUUUGCUACCUCCACGACAACCACAUCCUCCACCGAGACAUGAAGGCGGCAAACUUGCUCAUCGACAACAAGGGCCUGCUGCAGAUUGCCGAUUUCGGUCUGGCAAGACAUUACGACGGCCCCACGCCUCGACCCGGACGGCCCAUGGGCGAUGGCCGUCGGGACUAUACGGGGCUGGUGGUUACGCGAUGGUAUCGCCCGCCCGAGUUGCUGCUGCAGCUGAGACAGUACACGACGGCCAUUGAUGUUUGGGGCGUCGGCUGCGUCUUUGGCGAAAUGCUGGUUGGGAAGCCAAUCCUGGCUGGGGAGAGCGACGCACACCAGCUCGAUUUGAUAUGGGAUCUUGCGGGAUCGCCCAACGACGAUGUCAUGCCUGGAUGGAAACAACUUCCUGGCGGUGAGCACCUGUCGCCGCGGCCGCGACCCGGCAACCUGCAGAGCCGUUUCAAGGAAUACGGCUCCGGGGCCAUCUCGCUCCUGAAGGAGCUCAUGAAGCUUGAUUGGAGGACGCGAAUCAACGCCGUAGACGCCCUGGAGCACCCGUACUUCAAGAUGGCACCAUUGCCCAUGGCACCGGAGGAUAUCCCGACAUACGAAGACAGCCACGAGCUGGACCGAAGAAAAUUCCACGACCGGAAAGCGAACUUGCCGCCGGCACCCAAGGGCGGGACCGUGGGCGUCGGCCCGGACGCGAACGGUGCCACGGCCGGCUUCACCAGCGGCGACGCGUACGGCCGCAACGGCGUCAACGGCAGCCGUCACAGAGACGAGAGACGCCCGGCCUGGCAGAGGGAUAGGGUGCCCCACGCCCGGCCUCCCGCGCCACAAGACAGGCCGGGCGCGGGCGGCAGCGCCAGCAGCAGCAGGGACGACGCGGACCACCGACGAAGCCGCGUGCCGGGCCGAGGGCCGCCGCCCGCCAGCCAGGGAGGCUCCGACAACGUGGACACGUACAUCCCAGCUUACAGGGGUGACGAGGGAGGGGGGCGCAGAAGAGACGAGCGACCGUGGGAGGACCGGCGCCGGUACAACGGCGGCAAGGACGAGCGGUGGAACGGCCGGGACCACAGGACGAGGAGCAGAAGCCGGUCUCCAGGACCUGAGCGGAGCCGGGACAUGUACCGACGGUGA